CUAGCGCUAUAUCUCAUUUCUCCCCUGUAAACCCUAUAUCCCUAAAGCGGAACUUACAUCAUCAGCCAUUUCCAUUGCGUUUCACUCCUUUCUGCAACAAUGGCGGCGAUGUUGCAACCACAGAUUAUACUUCUGAAAGAGGGGACGGACACGGCGCAGGGGAAAGCGCAGGUGGUUUCGAAUAUCAACGCGUGUACAGCAGUGGCUGAUGCAGUGCGGUCGACUUUGGGCCCCAGGGGCAUGGACAAGCUCAUCCAUGACGACAAGGGUAAUACCACCAUCUCAAACGAUGGUGCUACCAUCAUGAAGUUGCUCGAUAUUAUUCAUCCUGCCGCCAAGAUCCUCGUCGACAUCGCCAAGUCCCAGGACUCCGAGGUAGGUGAUGGAACCACUACGGUUGUGCUCCUAGCAGGAGAGUUCUUAAAGGAGGGAAAACCAUUCAUCGAGGAUGGUGUUCAUUCUCAAAAUCUGAUACGAAGUUAUAGGACUGCAUCUCGUUUGGCAAUUAACAAAAUCAAGGAACUUGCUGUGAGUAUUGAGGGGAAAAGCCUCGAGGAGAAGAAAAAUUUAUUGGCGAAAUGUGCUGAAACCACACUUUCUUCAAAGCUUAUUGGUGGCGAAAAGGAGUUUUUUGCGUCAAUGGUUGUGGAUGCUGUCCUUGCAAUUGGCAAUGAUGAUAGAUUGAACUUGAUUGGUAUUAAAAAGGUUCCUGGGGGUAACAUGAGAGAUUCAUUCCUUGUGAAUGGUGUAGCCUUCAAGAAGACAUUUUCUUAUGCCGGUUUUGAGCAGCAGCCCAAGAAAUUUGUAAAUCCAAAGAUUCUUUUGUUGAAUAUUGAACUUGAACUUAAAUCCGAGAAGGAAAAUGCUGAAAUCAGACUAUCUGAUCCAGCACAGUAUCAGUCAAUUGUUGAUGCAGAGUGGAAUAUCAUCUAUGAUAAAUUGGAUAAAUGUGUCCAGAGUGGAGCAAAAAUUAUUCUUUCUAGGUUGGCAAUUGGUGACCUUGCAACACAGUAUUUUGCAGAUCGUGAUAUUUUUUGUGCCGGUCGUGUAACCGAGGAGGACCUGCAGCGUGUUGCUGCUGCAACUGGUGGAACUGUCCAGACUUCCGUGAACAAUGUCAUUGAUGAGGUUCUUGGAUCUUGCGAGCUCUUUGAGGAGAAGCAAGUUGGAAAUGAGCGCUUCAACAUAUUUAGUGGCUGCCCUUCUGGCCAGACGGCUACAAUAGUUCUGCGUGGUGGUGCUGACCAGUUCAUUGAUGAAGCUGAACGGAGCUUACAUGAUGCAAUCAUGAUUGUGAGAAGAGCUGUAAAGAAUUCCACUGUCGUGGCUGGUGGCGGCGCGAUAGAUAUGGAACUUAGCCGCUAUCUGAGACAACAUGCGAGGACAAUUGCUGGCAAGUCACAGUUGUUUAUAAAUUCAUAUGCCAAGGCCCUUGAGGUUAUUCCUCGUCAACUUUGUGACAAUGCUGGAUUUGAUGCCACUGACGUGCUGAACAAGCUCAGGCAGAAGCAUGCAUCAGGUGAAGGUGCAAACUAUGGUGUAGACAUAAAUACGGGUGGAAUUGCUGAUUCUUUUGCAAACUUUGUAUGGGAACCUUCAGUAGUGAAGAUCAAUGCUAUAAACGCUGCUACGGAAGCUGCCUGUCUUAUCCUAAGUGUGGACGAGACAGUGAAAAACCCCAAGUCGGAGAGCGCCCAGGGCGAGGCUGCAGCAAGUGCGAUGGCCGGUCGCGGGCGUCCCGCUUUCGGUGGACGCGGCGGAAGAGGCAUGAGAAGAAGGUGAUCAAAACACUAUUCAUUUCAUUAAGCCUCAACUUUAGUGCUUCUUCUUCAGUGAUAUUUUCUUACUGCUCUUAUAGUUUCACCUUUGGGGUGCUUAUUUUAAGCUUCUUAUUGGCCUUUUCAAAGAUAUGUUGAGUAUGAAGCAAUUGACUAACUUAUGUUACAUUAUGUUGCACAGAUUUUGAUGAGCUUUUUGUUA